UGGCGACAUUGCUUUAACCAUCCCUAAAUCGACAGCGACAAAUCCAGCAUUUUUCCCAACAAAAAAAUAAAAACGUUUAUAAAUUAAAGGCAACAAAAAUGGAUGUGCGUCCGAAUCAAACAAUCUACAUCAACAAUCUCAACGAGAAGAUCAAAAAGGAAGAGCUGAAGAAGUCGCUGUACGCGAUCUUCUCACAAUUCGGCCAAAUCCUCGACAUUGUGGCGCUGACAACAUUGAAAAUGCGUGGCCAAGCGUUUGUGGUCUUUAAGGAAAUUGGCAGCGCCUCGAAUGCAUUGCGCACGAUGCAAGGAUUCCCGUUCUACGAUAAGCCCAUGCGCAUUGGCUAUUCGAAAACCGAUUCGGAUAUUGUGGCCAAAUUGAAGGGCACCUACAAGGAGCGACCAAAGAAGGUGAAGCCACCAAAGCCGGCACCAGGAGCCGAAGAGAAAAAGGACAAGAAAAAGAAGCCAACGAGCGCAGAGAACUCGAAUCCAAACACACAAACGGAGCAGCCACCAAAUCAAAUUCUAUUCCUCACCAAUUUGCCCGAGGAGACGAACGAGAUGAUGUUGUCCAUGCUGUUCAAUCAAUUCCCCGGCUUCAAGGAGGUGCGUCUGGUGCCGAAUCGUCACGAUAUCGCCUUCGUGGAGUUCACCACCGAACUGCAGAGCAAUGCGGCCAAGGAAGCGCUGCAGGGCUUCAAGAUCACUCCAACACAUGCUAUGAAAAUUACUUUCGCCAAAAAAUAAAAGCAGUACAAAAGUACAACCACAACUACAUGGAUUAAACAAUUUGAUAAGCAUAGGAAGAUUUAUAUAUGUCAGUCGUAUAUAUAGCACACGCUUCUGCUGAUUCUAGGAUUUUUCACUUGAAUCCAGCAACUGUUUCUACUUUUUUUUUUAAACUUAAAUUAGAAUAAAGAAAUGCCAAUGAACACCU